AGCUGCUUUGGCCGCUUGCCGGGUUCCCUCCCCUUCUCGCCCCCAGAACGCUGAGAAGCCCAGGCAGGGGCUUUGACUCCUGCCCUGCUAGGCAUUACUUGCCCAGAGAGGCCAUCCUUCCAUCUUUAGCUGCUUUGCCCUCAAGGUCUAAAGGCUGACUCAGGCACCAGGUGUGCCUGGCCGGGAAAGGUUCCCGCACUUCAUCCACCUGCUGUUGCUGUUGCUGCGUCUCGAAGGGUUCCAUUGAACAGCUCAGGGGCUUUCUUGUGGGUCGCUGUGGCGCCGUCAGUCUGUGCACGGCUUAGGGAAACUGCAGAAGGGAACUACUGGAAGAUUAAAACAACAACAUUUUGCACUGGAUAUCCAGGGGACCCUUGGUAGAGAUUAGCCAUCUCUCUGCUAGCCAGGCCCUUGACUUUUGUGGGAUCACAAACCAAACGAGUCCUAUUAACUCCCCUCAUGUUUUCAUCUCGGCCUUUCCGGGUCUCAAAUCAUGACAGAAGCAGCCGGCGUGGGGUGACAGCCAAUACACUGAAGGAACUCAUUAACAAGACCCUGGAUGCCCUAGCAAUUACUACAGGCCUGGUUACUUUGGUGUUGGAAGAAGAUGGCACAGUCGUAGAUACGGAAGAAUUCUUUCAGACCCUAGGAGAUAAUACACAUUUUAUGAUCUUGGAAAAAGGGCAGAAGUGGACACUGGGUCCUAAGUAUGCUACUCAGAAGCAGAAAAAAUCUGGAAUAGCAAGGGUCACUUUUGAUUUGUAUAAGACAAAUCCCAAAGACUUUCUUGGAUGCUUAAACGUGAAAGCCACCAUGUAUGAGAUGUAUUCUGUGUCCUAUGACAUCCGAUGUACAUCAGCCAAAGCUGUGCUGAGGCAGUUGUUGCGGAUUAUGUCCUAUGCUGCCCAAAUCACCGGACAGUUUCUCGUCUAUGGCGGGACUUACAUGUUGCAUGUGCUUAACGACAGUGAAGAUUCUAUCCCUCCUCCCAAACCAAGCACCAAGGGGUGGCUUCUAUAGUGGAGCAAUGCCUUGCCUCAAAGGGAUUGUAGAUGGCUCCUUUAGUUUUUCUUUCCCCAAUAUUAACUUUUAAAUGAUUGGUUUCAAGGAUGCCAACUUAUAUUCUUAAAUACAUCAGUUGUUGAGAGUUGGCCAUUGCUGCUCUGUGCUAAUAAUCCAGGUGAAAGGUAGCAUUAGCCAGCUUUUUAUUUCCUAGGAAAUUCUUUUAUAUUUAAUGAAAGGGGCGAUGGACAGAAAGUGAGCUUGGAAGCAAGGGCACACACAAAUGGCCUCCAGGGACCUAAACGCGAAGAGGAAAGAUACUUUGUGGAACACUAGAAGUUGUAUUCAAUAAAUAUACUAUUCAAUGAAUAUGUUUUAGUGGUUUACUCACUGUAAUAGGCAGGGCCCUCCAUUUAUCCAUAUAUAUGUGUCUCAGAAAACAAAUUUUCACCUGCAAUCACAAAUGUAGAAAAAAUACUUUCAAGUCUUCACUCCAAUUCACCAAUACCAUGAAAAAAAUAAAGAAUUGCCAAACAGUA